AUUUUUAUUUUCUUGUUUUAUAAUAAAAGUUUAGUUAACAUUGAUUUAUAACAAUAUUAUAUUACUAAUUACAAAAUUAAUUAAUAUGAUAUUUUAUAAAAAUAUUUAAAAUUUUCAGUAAGAUUUUCUUAGAUUCUUUUUCUCAACAGAUAUUGUUAUAAUAAAAAAAAUUAAAUUUAUUGUUGAUUUAUUAUUAAUGUAAAUAAUCAAAUAUGUCAUAUUAACUAAUUCUUUAAGUGGUUCUACUAUGUGACUUGUUAAUAGUAGAUAAAAAAUAGGACCCUAAAUUAAUAGAUUAGACUAGAGUUUGAACCCGCACGUCCGUGCGGAUAUUUUUUUCUUUUAUAAAUGUAUAAUUUUGAUAUUAAAUUUACAUUUUAGCUUUAAAUAUUAUGUAAAUUUUCUUGUUUAGAUUUCUUAAAUAUAUAUUGAUCUAAUUUAUUUAUUUUACUUUGUUAUUAAAUAUUAUUUUUGUAUACAAUACAUUUUUUAAAUUAAUUUAAUUUACAAUACAUUUAGUUAUAUAUUUUAUAGUAUAACUAACCAUUUUAGAAAUGAUGAUAUAAUAUGUUAGCCCACAUUUGAGUAAAAUAUGUUUAAUUAAAAUCAUAUAAUAUAGCAACUAUAUAUUUAUAUAGCACUAUAGCUAUGAAAAUAUUAAAAGUUAAUUAUAUUAUAAAAAUCAUGUAGUUGUAUAACUAUAAUUUACCAUCCAUAAUUUCAUAUUAAUAAUCAAAUUCAAACCAAUGUUGUUGUAUAUUUCUGAUGCCUUACAACUAAAACAGCAACUCUAUUAGGCUUUGAAAAUUUUUAAAUGAAUAAAUAAGAAACAAUUAAGUACAAUGAAAUCUCUGUAGUUUCAAAUGAAAAUAAAUGGUGAAUGUUUUACAAAUGUAUAGUAAUUAGGAUGAAGUUAAUGUUGUUAACCAUAAAAAUAGGAGAGACACAUUUGUAAUAUUAAAAGUAAAUUAAGGGAACUUAAAGAUAUCUUAUUUUAAAGGUAUAUUCCUAGUGAAAUAUGAAUAGGUCCAAACUUAAAUGACAACAUUUAUAAGUAGAUAAAAAAUAGGACUCUAAAUUAAUAGAAUAGAUGUAAAUAACAUAUGUAACACAAUUUUACAACAACAUAUAAUCUCAUACACAUAAAACAUCCAGCCGGCCAAUCCAAAAAUAAACACAUUACACAUAAAACAAUAGCACUCACUUCACCAGCUUUUGCUUCCUUUCUUCAAAUUUCCAACAAUUAAAACACUCUUGAAAAUCCAAUUUUUUUAAAAAAUAUAUCAACUGGUAACUGUUUUGCUAAUUCAAAUAGUGCCCCAUCUAAACAAAAACGAUUUAACUAAAUAUGCAGAAAUUAAAUUCAGCACUUUUAUAUAAAAAGAAUCAGCCUCAGAGUUCUACAAACUCACUAGCAACAAACAAAACUCCUCCAGUUUUCCUUUGGCAAUAACCUUCUCGCGCAUAACAUUUCAAUAACACGCACAACUUUCACACAAUCAUUGCUUCCAAAUCCUAAUAUAAGUUCAGGGGCGGAUCCAGAAAUAAUUUUAAUCGGAGGCACACUACUAAAACAACCAAAAUUUUGUUUAAUUGGGAGCACUUUUUUUACUUAUUCAUUAAAAUAACAAUAUUUCAAUGAAAUUUAUAUAAGAAAAACAAAAAAAAACAGUUGGGGGCAUGUGUCCCCGUAAACGUCAACGUCCAUCCGCCCCUGAACCUAACACACAAAUAACAAUAACUUACAAACAAAUAGAUGUUACAAGGAGAGAGCUGGCCAUACAAAAACUAACCGAUUAAAAUUAUCACACUGCCAACCAAAUGAACAUACAAAAACUCUUACAAAAUUUAUAUUAUAAACAAAACAAUACAUUACAUUCCGUUCGUAGCGCGGACCGACACCUAAUUUUAGAAUAAAAUUUUCUCUAUUUUAGAGAAAAAAAUGUGAACUGGAGAUACGCUAUAACUAAAUAAAUUAAUCUCGUAUAAAAUACGUUAGUUUUAAAGUAAUUAAAAAGAAACAACUCUUAAAACAGAUACAUUUUUUAGAUAAUUUUGAAACACAUAUAAUUUGACAAUUUAUUUGCAAUUCAUGUAACUUUAGGAUGAAAUAACAAAACCUUUGUCAUUGAUUGGAAUUGCUAUUUUUAAUAGAUCGAAAUUGUGCAAUUACGCUUUUCGAACAUGAGUCUGAUGUUGUCUGUCGGGAAAGUAAAUGAUAAAUUUACAGAAUUCAUUUGAUAGGUGUGCAUUUUAGUGAUGCUUAAACUUUACACGAAAAAAUAACCAAUGAAUUCUGCAUUUUGUCAUCGUUAUUUAUCCUUUUUUAAUAAAUAUAAAAUUUUAUUCAUCAAAAAGCUUUUGUUUUCUAUCAGGUGCAACAUUGUUUAAAGAGUAAUUUAGAAUCUAUCAAAGUUCAUGUCCAUACAGCUUUGUGGUUUCUUCAAUCCACCAUUCAAUCGUCCAUCCCAUCCCUUGAUCGAACCAGAGAGCAUUAUACAACUAGAUGGUUAAAUUUCAUAACCAAUCCACUUCAAUCUGAUCAAUCUGAGAGUUUUACACAGUCAUCACCCCAUCUCUAUCCCAUUGUAAGGUCACACCUCAUGUGCCUUGCCUGCAUCAGUUAGCAUUUUCAUCAUUUUCGUACUUGUUUUUUUUGUCGUAACCAUCAUUCAUUUCAGUAGCCUCUCUAACUUUUGUAUUCCUCACCUGAAAAACGUGAAAUUAUAUAGAUUUCUCUAUUUUUGUAUAUCUCAUUGUCGAUUUAUUUAGUAAUGAAAAUUUACGUUUUAAGCAUAAUAUUGUAUAUAUAUAUAUUUGUUGCAUAAUAGAUAAAGAGAAAAUCAUAUCGACUGCAAAAUAUUUGAAGAGUUGAAUAAUCAUUUUUGAUUUAUCGAUCUAACACUAAGGUGAUUAGGUUUGAAAAUAUAUUUUUAUUUUCUGCUAAUUAUUUAACAGUUGAUCUAUAUCAUUGUUUGUGAAGUCAUAUUUCACAACAUGGCUCUCACAUUAAAAGUUAGAGCGGCUAAAGUCGUUAUUAUUUUUAAUGAAUAAUUAUAUAAUUAUACAUCUGAUUAUAUAUAGAGAGUAUUGGCCCAAUAUACCUUAGUGGACUCGAAAUUGGAAAACUACCCUAAAGACUGAAAACCACAAAACACUGUAGCACAUCCUGUGUGUCAUUACGAGAAUACCCCUACCCACGGGGGAGUACGAUUGCGUCGUGGAGAGAGUUAGAUUUGGUGUGAUCUUUCCAGUACAAGCUUAGGGUGGCGGAUAGAUAUAGGGUCUCCAGCUAUUUUCUUUCCCUUCCACUCGUUUUGCUACAGCAAUUUGCAAGGUACACUAUGAAAUCUGCAGGAAAUCUGGAAAAUAUCUUAGUGUAGCAGAGAAUGGCGGGAUUUAGAGGUUAACGAAAACAGUGAAUGGUUUCGGAUUCUCUAUUUAAUGGAGACCUCCAAAUCGAUAAAUGGCAACUUGUUUUAUAGAGAGAGAACGAAGACUGUUAAAGCGAGAGUGUGGCCUAAAGUAAACUCCUUUUACAGUAGUCGUUAUCCUUCCAAUUUAGAUAAGUGGUUCGUAAUGGGCCAGUUAGUUAAACUGGUUGUUGGUGUGUGGGAACAAGUUGGAAUUCGUGGUUGGCUGUUCCUGGAAGAUCCGACAGAGCGAAGAUACGACGUCAUGGUUCACGAGAACCAGACUUACGCAUCCCUGAUGGAUCUUGUGCGAACACGAUACAGCGUAGGAACAGACACCGCAGUGUGCCUGACGUUUGAGUUUCCGGAGUGGAUGAGGAUUCCAGCAGAUGUGGCCUGGCCACCGGUGGAUGUCAGGGGGGAUGGAGAUGUGGAUCUAUUCAUGUCAAUGAGACUUGAAAUCCAAGAUUUGAAGCUAAUGGUGACCAUAGGCAACAAUGUAGUUGCCCGUUAUCUUUUCCAGAGAAGGGACAACUAUACAAUUAUCGGGAGUUCUAGUGGACACUUAGCUGUUAAUGUGAACCCGUUUCGUGGUAUCUCUGAUGUUAGUCGUCAACCAGUUAGGGGUGUGAAUGAUAAUCCUGGUGGUUUAGGUGAUGGUGCUGCUUAUUGGGAAAAUAUUCUUGGGCAGGGGGAAGAGACAACUGGUCAGCAGUUCCUCCUAGACGUGUGCACAGAUGAUGACGAUACCACAGAACAAAGAACCCCAAGGCUAACCCAAGGGAAAUCUCCAUUUCCUGAGGCGCUGGAGACAAGCGAGGGAACAGAAUCAUCAACAGACUCCUCAGCUGGCCCACUGAAUGCAUUCCCCCGGAAUGCUGGUUCUGGAGUGAUAAGAUUGAAGGAGGUCAUUCAUCCCCCUGUUGCGAAUCCGAGUUUGGCCCUGACAAUAGUUGAAGGGCAAAAAAGACCUCCGUCUCUACUUGAUUACAUUACCAAGGGGAAAGGGAAAGUGUCGGAGGUGGGGGUUGUUGAUAAGACACGAGUAAGUGCUUCGGGUGGUUCACUCUCCCCUAAAAGGAACCCGAUCUUUGCAGAUCCAUUACCCUAUGAUGACUCCGCUGAUGAAGAUACCGAUGACGAAGGAAAACAACAUUUGUUUGUCGGGCAAGUCUUCAUGGAUCGAACUGCUUUCAGGACACACAUGUCGCUGUAUGCUUUGGCAAAAAAGUUCCACUUUGCCAUUUUGAAUUAGGCGGACAAGGUUAUCGACAGUCUCAUCGUCUAUCUCGUCAUCCCACUCCAACUGAUUACGUGAGUUUGUAGUGUCCUCAAUCAUGGAUAUGACCUCCGUCUGAAAUGCAUAGAAAAAAAAUAACCAGCUGAUCAUUUUAGAGGUAUGUGUCAAUGGUGACGCUGAUACUAUCUACUAGUACAUAUGUAUAACCUUAGUAGCCACUUAGUAUGUUUGCCUAUAACAACCAUGUGAUCGUUAAGUGUCUUUAGACACGGUAACCCUAUUGGUGCAUUCGCAUAUAGAAUGAUGGACGGGACUAUAGCAGGUUAGCAGCCAAUAAUAUUAAUAACAAUUACUUGGCGCUUAUUUGUGUUAUUAUAUACUUAGCAUCUAACUUUUCUCUAGACUAUUACUACAGCUACGUAGCACGUAUCACUCUUAACGACAGUUAUGUUUCGGCGGAUAGUCUAAGUUUUUUAAAGCAACCUAACGGCAAUAAACUUAACAUCUAACUUUUCUCUUGUCAAGAUGCUAAUACUACUUAGCACGUAUCACUCAUAACAACAGUUAUGUUUCGGCGGAUAGUCUAAGUUUUUAAAAGCAAGCUAACCGCAAUAUACUUAGCAUCUAACUUUUCUCAUGUCUAAUAUUACAUCUAUUUAGGACUUACCAAUCUUAACAACAGCUAUGUAUCGGCAUACGGUCUAAGUUUUUAAAAGCAAGCUAACCUUAGACUCCUCAUCUAGGUCUCUGACGUGAGUUGGGUUGACAUAGUAACGGACCGUCUUCGGCUGUGGCGCGGGGGCCUCUAUAUCCUCUUCUAAUUCAACUUCAGCGUCGUUACAUCCCGAGUCAGAUUCACUGUCAGACUCUAUCACAACAGCAGGUUCUGCCUGCGGGACAAUCUCUUUUAUCUGAGGAACGGCAGCCAUGAAUACAAGUUGAAUGGCAUCUACGAAUCCAGGCAACGCAAUACUGGAUUGGGAGAGUAAGAUUUCGUCUUUCUUCUUGAUUCCAGUUACCAGCAUCUCAAAUGUAACUCUCCCCCAGGGAUAAGCAAGAAACUCACUGAAGUCACGAAUCAAUUCCACGUGCUCAGGGAUGAUACGGGGGAGGUGAGAUGUCGGAAGUAGAACGCAUGACGUGAAUGCAAGACAUGCAUACUUCAGCCGCAUCUCGCGAUCUUUAACCUUCUUCUUCUUCAACAUCUCAAUCGCAGCAUCAACUGGACAGAACUUGAGAGACCCAAAGAGUUCACCCCAAUAUAGCUUCUCCGUGAUAGGAUUCUUCUUCCUUUUGCUGUUCUUCCUGAUAAUCUUGUUGCAAUUAAGCCCAGUUACAUGCGCAAACUCUUGAAGAGACAUCCUGAUAGGUUUACCAGCGAACAAAAACCAGAUCUCGUAUUUUUUCUUCACCUUGAGCAUACGCACAAUGACGAACUGACCAAAUGUACCUGAAAACGAAGGGUUUUCUGCCUGCGAUAUGAUCUUCCCAAAUGUUGUAUUCCGCAUAAACUCGACUUCAUCAGGUUCCAAGGCUUCAAUUAUGGAAUCAAUUCUCUUGGGUUUGUGGUAGGUGUUCACUCUCUCCCCAGCCGGUUCAUCACCAGCGGCAAACAUGCGUUCUGGGAUCUGUAUCUCUUCCAUAUCGUCAGUUGAGAACUGCGUAUUUUCCGGAGGAUUUUGGAGAAAAAAAUAUUUUUUUGCCUACUUCAAAACUGAGAAAUGAUAACGGUGAAUAGAAGGUGGAGACUUUAAAAUCGACCUAUUAAACUCAAAAAAGAAGUAAUUCAAGGCUCUUCAAUUGCCCUCAGUGUCAUUUAAGAAGAUCUUAGAAGUACAAUCGAUGGCGUGUGGUAGGUCUCCCCCCUAUACUGGUGUCUGACAUCGAAUAUGCCAGCUGCAUGUGCUACGUUUUUAGGCUCUGUAGGGGUCUUUCGGUAUAUAAAAAAAGUGUACAGUACCAUAAAAGGUAAAAGGGUAGAUCUCUAAUUUCAGCGACUUUCGUGUGUAUAGCGCCUAAUUACUCUUAUAUAUAACUAGAGUCGGCCCGUCCUACGGGCGGGAUAUACUUUACUGAUGAACUAAAUUAUUAUUUUUAUAUGAUUUUGUGGUUUGUGUUUUAAGUUUGAAUUUGAAGAGAUGUGUAUGAUAACACAACAAUAAAGCAUAUUAUAUUACAUAAAUAGUAUCAGAAAAAAAAAUGAUACCAAUUUGAGACACUUAUUAAUAAAUGAUACAAAAUAUUUAUUUUAACAUCAAUUAUUAUAAUUUAUGUUGUUAUUAGCUUAUCUUUGCCUAUAUUAAUCUAUGUCAAGCAAGUGAAGAUCAAUUAAAAGAUCUAUUGUAUUUUCAUAUACGUGUAAAAAUAUGCAGUUUACUCUAAACUAAGAAUAAUUUUUUUUUAUUGUUUCUUUUGUUCUUAUUAGAAAUCAAAGGUUUGAUAAAUUAAUAAAAAGAUUUUAUUUUUUAUUUAAUGUAAUUAUUUUGAUCUUUAGUGUUUGUUAUAUCUUUAUUUUAAAAGUAAGUAAAAUAAAAAUACUUGUCACUACAGUUGAAAUUCAAUACAAAUUAUGAAUUAUUUUUCAUUCUUAUAUAUUUGUUUUUGAAUGCGUUGAUAUUUUUAUACAUUUUUAAACUUAUUGAGUUGGAUGAUGUGAAAAAUGAAUGAAAAUAUACAAUUAUAUAAUUAUAUAGAUCACGGCCUAGGACUGUUAUGGCCUAGGACUCGAAGAAUGAAUAAAAAAAUACUCAUAUGAAUAAAAAGGAAAAUACUCUUGGGGCCUAGGAUGUUAUGUUGUUAAUGAAAAAUACUCUUGUCUAGUAGUUUUACAUAGUUUCUUUGUUUAUUCAACGGUAAUUAUGAUAAUUUUAUAAUAAGUAAAAUAAUUAUUUUAGUACAAAAUCUUGGAUUAUCUUUUUCUUAUGAAUAUUUUUAUAAUUUAUGUAUUUGAUAUUAUAUUAUUAAUUAUGUGCUAAAAUUUUGUUUUAGAUUAACGUCAAGUGUUUUGUUAGAUCUAAAAUAAAAUAUUGAUCAAAAACAUAUUAUGUAUUAAUAAAUAUUUUACCAAUAAAUUUGGUUUAAGACAAUAAGAUGAUGAAAAUGUCGAAUAUUUAAUAAACUUUUAAAAAUUAUAGUGUUAAAUUUUUACACAACUUCUCUUGAUAAAAUAUCAUCACGAAAAUAAAAGAUUCAGCUUUAUUAAUUGUGUAACAUUAUUUUUUUUUAACUAUUAUAUUCAUAUUGUAUUAGUUCUAAUUGUUUAAAUCCAAAAUAGGAGGUACGGUUGGACGAAAUGUUUUUCAAAUGUGUCAACGCUCUGAGUUUUUUUAUUAGGUUAGCAGAUGUCAUUUGAAGAAAAGAGAGUAUACAUGUUAUGUGAAAUAGACGGCAAAAAAAUAUGUUAUGGGAAAUGUGUCUACGUUGUAGGAGUUUAAUCUGAUCUUGUUUUAAUAAUUUGUAAUUGUACUGUGAAUUUUCACGUAAUGUAAUUUAUUUUGAAAGUCUUUCCUCAAAGCUUCCAUCAGGUUUCAAAAUUUUAAUGGCAACAGGGGUGUGAUCAAGUGUGCCUUACUGGUCUGUAUCCCCCUUUUCUUACUUUUCUGUUGCUACUUGCUCGUGAAUCUGUUAGUGACUUCUUCGGUCUUUUUAAUAUAGUAUCUUCUGUACCGGAUGUUCUUUUUUUUUUUGUUUUUUUGAACAAUUGUACCGGAUGUUCUUAUGUGCGAAAGCACUAAAUGAAAGAAUGUACUAUAUUUUAGCACCACUAUCCCAAGAGUCAUCAUCCCAUCUUUUCGUUUACCAGUAUCAAAAUUUGGACAGGUAACGAACAUGAAUUUCUUACAACUAUCAAAAUUUUACAUGGAAUAUUUUAAAUUGAUAUUAUUUCCUAUGGGUGGGUAAUCAAAUCAUCAAAAUAAAUACAUUAUAAAUAUUUUAUUUUGUUUUCAAUCUAAAAUUUUUGACCAACAAAAAAAAUUUCACUUUAAAGUAAAUUAUUUUUCAUUGUUUGUAAUCUAUUUUCCUUUUUUUCAACUUUUGAAAUCAUAUAUUUGUUUAACCAUUAAAAAUAUGUCAAAAUGUAAUGUUUCACUGUAUUGUCAUUGUUAAUUGUCAUUGUUAGUUCUACUUAGACUUUGAUAAUAAGUAGAAUGCAUUUUAAUACUUUUUAGGACUUUGACAAAUGUAAAAUAAAAUCAACUAAUACUCAGACAUUCAUAGACUAAAAUACCAAUUUAUUUACGACGAACAUUGUUGUAAUCUCAUUCUCACCAUUAACAUUGGAAGUACUCAUGCAAGUUUGUACUUGAAGAAUUUAAAAUUCAUAAUUUUACCAAUCAGACUAAAGGUGGAGAAGCUUAGAGACUCAAUCUACAAAAGUCUGCAGUUUAUAGUAACACUAGCCGAUGUGUCAAGUUCGGGCUAUCUACAAACACAUGUACUGUAUGUAAUGAAAUUCACAACCAUGAAUUUUUAGUAAGUUCUGUGAGUAAUUAGAGUAAAAAGUUUGAUUAUUCUUGCAAGUGCACAAAUUUACUAUUAUUUUCUAUGGUGUCAAACUACAGAGAAUGAAAAUUUAGCAGGAAAAUAUUUUAUAUGAAUCUAGUCGAAACAAAAUUAUUGCUACAAUAAAGUUGUACUAAAAUCUUGAAUUGUAGAGAAAGUAAACAACACAAGCUUCAAGCUUUGAAAGGUUUCCCCACAAAAGGAAAGUCACAUUAGAAGAGUCAUCCAUCUCAUGAGACAAAGUGAUAAAAAAACUCUUAGUUUCUAGUUCAACAUGAACAGAUAAGUGAUCAAUUCCAACA